AUGCUAACGUUGAUAAUGAUACUGCAUCUGAUAAUGCAUCGGUGCAUUCUGCAUACUGCUGGGUCUGUUGCUGAUUCAGAUGCUAAUAAAGAGUGUGUUGCUUAUGAUGAAGGCUGUAAUGAAAUUAGCAUACGGAAACAACAUAACAAAGAGCUUAAUACCUACAGUAAUGAAUUAAGAGAAAUUAACUUUUUCUUACGAAGAAUGGUCCCAGAUGGAACAUGUACUGAGCCUACGCUUUCCUACCCUGAUAUCACUUCAGCGGUUGAGGAAGUCGAUGAUGAAAAUGGAAGGACCGGCAACUGUUGCAGUCACUCAAAUAUUGUCAAGGACGAUGAGAGCUUUUUGCAUUUUGAAAACAGAUAUGGCAGUGUGGCGCUGGAAAUAGACAAAGAACCUAUCGCUCCCAUUUCAUCAAAGUCGAGGAAGUGGUUGUGUCCCUGUGCUCCUGCGAUAGAAAUAAAAGUUAAUAAGGGUGGCGACGGACAACGGAGAGAGAGAGCAGUUAAAGCAAGAAAUGCCCUGGACAAGGAUGGAAGAUAUGCGGAGAAAGAACAGCUCAGUCGUUUUGGCCCUUCCGAACGAUGGAGCCGCAUAAAACGCCAUCAGCACGUAGACGCACAGAAUCACCCAACUAGCGAUGGAACUAGCUCGGAUGAAAACGAAAUGGAGACCAUGGUUAUCGACCGAGGGCCCUACUUCGAUAAGAGUGCAUCGAAAAACGUGACUGCCCUGGUAGGGAAGACCACGUAUCUCAAUUGUAGAAUAAGGAACCUCGGCAACAGAACGUCCUUCAAAAUGGGCGCCGACACCUACGUCGGCAUACCGCUGCCCCUUCAUGUCCGAACAGAAAAUAGUCACACGGUGCCAUAUCAGGAGUGGUUGAAGGCAGCCACAAUAGUAAAACCUUCAUACCAGCGCACGGCGACAGCUACAGAGGUCAAAGUUGAUGCUCGGCCUCCAUAUUUUUUCCUUUUCUGCCUGAGCUGUUGGUGUUUUACGGUACUCAAUUUGGCAUUAUCUAAUCAUGUUCUAAUUUCCAACUUUGCUCCACGAACAGCCAAAAGCAUAUGGGAAAAAGAUCGAUUUGAUAGAUUAGGGCUAACACGAUACGACAUUGCACCUCAGCCACCACAAAGCAAAGCGCGGAGAGAUAAGUGUAAAACCUCCAAAGUAAUGAGCAAUGUUAACGAUGCUUGCCACUAA